AGGGCGGAAAAACGGGAGCGCAGUUCUGUUCGUCAAGCAGCACCAAGCUCUCUGAGGAGUAAGAGUAAAACGGUAAAUAAGCGGUCCCGUGUUCCGCCCAAUGGACCGCAACAGUGCUGGGUAUGUGCAGGACGUGGACACAUAGCAAAUCAAUGCUUCUUCAAGGGUAAAGCAUACUGCAAUUUGUGUUCACGGCCGGGGCACUUACCCAAGGCGUGUCGGAUGAGGAAAUUCCCGACCAGGUUCUCCCGCCAGGUACACUGGUGUGCGGAGCAAGAUGAUUCCGAUGAUGAGGGAAAUCAAGAAGUAACGAUUAGCAAUGUGCAGACAGCGAGAUGCCGGAAUCAUGUAGAGAAUUCCUCGCAAAGAAACAGGACCGAUACAGGGCACACGGGAAGGCUCGAAGAACCUUUGAUUAUUAGUAAUAGAGUUACCUCAAAAGCACGUGUGAGUAUAGAACCAGCCAUAAUGCUUCCCAUCAUAGUGAAUGGACGUACCGUUGAUUUCGAGUUGGAUACCGGUGCCUCUGUAUCAAUAAUUGACGAGGCGACGUGGUCGAUGAUAGGAAAACCAGAAAUGAGACCGACCAAGCUAGAAGCGACGGCUUACAAUAAUAGCCCUAUCAGUUUUGAGGGUCGAUGUACAGUGGAGUUACAAUUUAAGGGACGUGUGAUAACAAUGGAAGUGUAUGUGUUACGCACAGCUAGCCACCCAUUGUGUGGCAGAGAUAUGAUCAGGGGACUACAAAUAGAUUGUGGACCUCAUGUAAGAAGUGUGGAAGGCAAGAGGCCCUACACUAAAGAGCAGUUACGGGAAAAAAUGAAGAAUUUAUUAGAAGAGAACCAGGUAUUAUUUCAAAAAGGACUAGGGAAAUGUACGACGGCAAAGGUGUCACUGAAGUUGAAACAAGGAUUAGAAAAGCCUAAGUUUUGCAGAGUAAGACCAGUUCCUCUGGCAUUGAGGCCGAAGGUGGAGGCUAAGUUACAGGAGCUGGUAGAGAAUGGUACUUUGACUAGGGUGGAACAUUCGGAAUGGGCUACACCCUUAGUGGUAGUACCUAAGCCAGGAGGAAAAAUAAGGUUGUGCGGAGAUUAUAAGGUGACGAAAAACACCAUUGCAUCCCUGGGAAACGCCUGCGGGGUCUGGCAAAGGUUACAUUUGGAUUUUGCGGAAACCAGUGACGGGAAGCGAUGGCUAGUAAUAGUGGAUGCAAAAUCAAAGUGGCCCGAAGUCGUGAAAAUGGGGGCAACCACGGUAGAAAAAACAAUAGAAAAGUUAAAGGAUAUUUUCAGUAUCCAUGGGUUGCCAGAGCAGAUAGUGGUGGAUAACGGGCCACAGUUUAUAGCGAGAGAAUUCAAAGAAUACUGCAUUAGGAGGAAUAUAGAGUUAAUUUUCAUUCCGCCUUACCAUCAUAAUUCUAAUGGAGAGGCGGAAAGAUUUGUGCAAACAUUUAAGAAGGGAUAUUAUAAAGGAAAGAAAUCGGGCAAAACGGUAGAAGCGGCAGUGAGAGAUUUAUAUAUU